UCGCAAAAGUUCCGGUCUGACUUCGGAGACAAACGGUACAGUGUGCGUCAGUAUAUACGCGUCGUCGCAGUCGGAAACUACACGCACGGUGUGUUGCGAAGCGCGCGCGCGGAGUUGUUAUGGAAGCGUACCGUUGCUCAGAUUUGUACGCCGGUGGUUAAGUUUGUGUGUUAGCUAAGUGCCACUUCAUUGAACUUUCGUUGAACGCAGACUGUACUGCGACUGGUUUUGUGUUUCGGAGAGCACUGUGAGGUUCCGUCGUCCCUGUGCUGAAGUUUUUGUGAAUAUGGAGUGGAAGCGGAGAAAGACAUUUUUGUUGUGGUGGAAGUGCGUUGGUGCCUACGGUGUUUUGACGGUUUUGAUGUACGCAAAUCCGUCCCUCGGGAUCUCGCGGUAUCUGCCUCCAAAACUAGACCUUGUAGGCCCUUUCAUCGACGUGCCUGUAAACUCCACGAUCCGGAUCGCCUGCUUCGGAGGACAUCCACUGGAAUGGGAAACGCCCGACACUGGCGAGAACGUGUCUCAACGAUCCGUCAUCUACACCGAACAAACCGAAGACGAUGUUCGCCCAUACAAGAGUGUCCUGGAAAUCUACAAUUCGGAUGUCAUGGACAUGGGAUUUUAUUACUGCGUCUACAAUGGCACAACGGAUCACAAUGACUUGGGAAAUGCGACCUCCAUUUAUGUCUUCGUUAACGACGACUAUUAUUUGUUCCAACCGGGAAAGCUGUUCAAUGAGAAACACAUCAUCCCCGUAACCCACGGUCGGCGCGUGGAUAUCCCUUGUCUUCCGACUCAUUCCAAAGCCGAAGUGAACCUUUAUAAAGUACACUACGAGGAAGAGUACGAAGCGGUAGCCUUGCAGCCCGAAUACGUAGAAUUCGACCCGAGACAGGGCUUCAUCGUGUACUAUCCUCACAGUUUCUAUAGCGGCAACUUUAUGUGCAACGGCAGCGUGCCAGGCCUGAACUUCGAAGCAAGCAGUGUCACAAUAUCCCUUAUUUUUUAUGGUCCUACUGAUGUCGUACCCGCUGUACAGAUUCUGAGAAGCGAUUCUUUCCAUCCUGUCCUGAACGGUUCCUUCAGCUUGAACUGCACUACACGAGUGUCAACCAGUGGCUUGGUCACCAUGAGCUGGGAAUAUCCCAGCAAAACACUCGGCAAAGAUGAUACACGCAUUGUGGUUGAACCAGCCCACAGGACUGAGAAGUUAUCUCUUGGGCAAGAAUCCGUUUGGGUUGUCUCUUCUCGGCUAACGGUGAACAACGUGGAACGAGUGGACGAGGGCGUUUACACCUGCUUGCUAGCCGAUCACACCGGGGGCAUGUACAACCGCUCGCUCUUUGUCACCGUGUUUGAAUCUGAACAAUCUGCGUUCGUGAACCUGACAACGGACCUGGAUCCCUCUCAGAUGUUAAACGUAUCCGAAGGGCGCAGUCUCAAGAUUGCAGUAACGGUGCACGCUCAUCCGAGUUUCGAAAGGGUCCGCUUUAUGUGGACCAAGGACGGGGCGAGGCUCGAAGAAGGUGGAGAUGUCACCAUGACUUCCAGAAAGCCGCAGUACAUCAUGGAAAAGACGAACGCGGUGUUCGACGACAGCGGGCUGUACGUGCUCCAUGCAAGAGUGGAGAACGCCACUUCCAUUCUGACUGUCAUGGUAGAUGUGAAAUCCAAACCGAUUGUGACCAUCCUGAACAAGACGGAGCUGUACGACCGUGGCCUCGACUACAACCUUACCUGCAACGUGAAGGGUACACCUCCGCUUAAAGUCUGGUGGGAAUGGAAGAAGUGCGAAGACCCGGAAGCGUGCACGGACGACGGUAGCUUCAAGCGCAUCACGCGCGCUUCAGCCCUGUCCGUUAACCACAACGUCAUCCACUCGCCGUCCAGAGGGAUCGACUCCCGCGAACGGAACCUGACGCUCACUGUCCAGGCGUCGCAGUCGGCCUAUUACAGAUGCGUGUCUGAAAAUAUCUUGGGCAACGCCAAGGAUGGGACGACGUUCUACGUCACCGAUGCGCGCAACGGGUUCGAGAUCAGGGUAUCCAACACUGAUCCUGUUGAGGAGGACCGGGUCAAGAUGAGCUGCCUCGCAAGCAACUUCAGGUACGUCGACCUGACGUGGAAAUGGAGACCUGCAGCUGACAGCGACUUCACUAUCAUCUCGGAGUCAACCAAUUCCCGUAAGAUUGAGAACGCGACAUCACUCUUCUCGCAUCGGCUCACGUUGGACUUCAAGUCAAUCUCGCUAAAUGACAGUGGAGACUACGAGUGUUUUGCGUCCGUUAGAGGAGAACCCUCUCGACGUCACAAGAAUUCCACUACAUUGCGAGUGCAGGAAAUCACAGCACCUAAAAUCGCCGUCUCCAACUUGAAAAAUAAGAAGCAGCAAGAUGUAACUUUCAUCGAGCUCAUGUGUACUGCGAAUGGAGUGCCGCAACCUGUCAUCACUUGGUUCAAGAACGGAAGACCACUUAACCUGUCCACGUUCGAACAGCGCCAGCAAGGGCGCUGGAUCAUAAAGCGGAAGGUCACACCGGAAGACUCUGGCUUCUACCAAUGCAAGGCAAACAAUCGGGGCGGAUUCGUGUACGACAACAUCACGAUCACGGCCAUGUCAGCAAUGUCAGCGCAAGGCUUGAGUACCGGUAACAUCGCUGUGAUCGUCGUUGCUGUGUUCGUCGUUGUCCUCCUUAUCAUCAUGCUCUACUAUUACAUCAAAAGAUUCCUGCAGGACAGGAGGUCCAAGAAGGACACAGAGAUACUCAACAAGGCGUUAUUCAACAAGGGACAGAUAGAGUUCUUCAACCCGGAUCUUCCUCUUUGCGAGCAAGCGGAACUCUUACCAUAUGAUCCCCGCUGGGAGUUCCCGAAAGAUCGCCUGAAACUAGGACGCACGCUUGGCCAAGGCGCUUUCGGUCGGGUUGUGAAAGCAGAGGCCAUAGGGCUGGGACCAAAUGGAGAGCCUCUAACUGUUGCUGUGAAGAUGCUGAAAGAACGAGCGGACACCUCGCAACAAAAGGCCCUCAUGGCGGAGUUGAAGAUCCUCAUCGCUCUCGGUCGCCAUUUGAACAUUGUCAACAUAUUGGGCGCAGUAACGAAAAAUGUGGCGAAGGGUGAAUUGAUGAUGAUCGUCGAAUACUGCAAGUUCGGAAACUUGAGACACUACUUACUGAGACAUAGGGAGCGCUUCGUCAACCAACUAAACCCACUUACGGGAAAGCUCGAUCCCGAUACUUUCUUUAGACCUCGGAUGGAUUCACAAGCAACAAAUCCCGGCAGCGUGUGGAAUCCCAUCUAUGGACGCCCAAGGUAUAUCGACCUACUGCACAGCCCGACUUCUCCAGAUGAAAGCAAUUCAUUCACGUUCACGCAACCAGAUGGAGACGGUGACCUCAACGACUCUCACGCACUGAGGGAUUCCAGCACAGAAGGUUCAAACCUAAUCACGAGUGGUUCUACCUUGAGAGAUCAUGGAGAUUACAAGGAUGGUGUCUUGACGACACGAGACCUUCUCUGCUACGCUUUCCAGUGUGCAAGGGGAAUGGAAUACUUGGCAUCUAGAAAGCUUAUUCAUCGUGAUCUGGCCGCACGGAAUGUCCUGCUCAGCAAGGAAAAUGUGGUGAAGAUAUGUGACUUUGGCUUGGCGAAAGAUUGCUACAAAUACUCAAACUACGUCAAGAAAGGAGAUGGAUUGCUUCCUGUCAAGUGGACUGCCAUCGAGUCUAUUAUGGACAGGGUAUUCACUACGAAGAGCGACGUCUGGUCCUAUGGUGUCCUUCUUUGGGAGAUCUUCUCCCUGGGUGGCAACCCUUAUCCAGGAGUAACAAUUGACGAGUCUUUCUACAAGAAACUCAAGAACGGCUAUCGUAUGGAAAAGCCAGAUUAUGCUCCGGACGACGUCUACGGUGUUAUGCGGAGUUGCUGGGAGCUGGAACCGAAGGACAGGCCUGACUUCAGCACGCUAGUCACGAAAGUCGGAGACCUACUCGAGGAUGGAGUUCGAGAUUACUAUGUCGCCCUGAACGAGCCACACCUGAAUGAGAACCGCAGCGUGAAGAACAACAACGACUACCUCGCUAUGGGGAUCCAAAGGGACAGCGACUAUCUGGUCAUGAAAUCGGAUGAGGACAACUACAUCAACACCAAGACACAGGACAAUGCAUCGCAAUACGCAAAUAUCAACGGCAUCAAGAACGGGGGCCGCGUCGCUCCCCAGGCGGGAGAGGGUACAGACCGUAACGACCAGGUUCGUUACAUGAACAUCGAUGGCAUCUCAACACUAUGUCUUCCCGGAGGUCUUGGAGAGCCUGCAUCACCACCCUCACCAGGGCAUGACACAAGGUCUACAAGGUCUGAUGAUCCGAGCGAACUGUGUGCCACGCCGCCUCCAGCCUAUAACCUCGUCGUUAACGUGGACGUUAACAGUGGGGUAAUCUGAAAUGCUCGUUACGGCUCCAUCGAUAAUCAACGCGAUAGCGGAGUCAGAUGUCUCAAAGUAAUGGAAUGCUCAGACAUCCAGAUCUGCACAUACAAGAAACGGGUGGUCUCACUUCCAUACAAACGUACAAGGGGCCUCCUGAGUGUGCGACACGGUAUGGUACGGAUAAAAGUCACAGCCAAGAGACGUAAGCUCCACGCACGCGCAUUGAAGACUCAUACAACUGUGUUGUAUCUUCUCGAGAAUACUCCUCUACAGGUUUCUACAUGCUUUUUAAGACACGCCCCCUUGAGAAUGUAUUAUCUUCAAACCGUACCUCAAGAAACCUGAAGCACCUCGACAGCAUGGUUGUAACAACCGUGACACUAGGGGCUGGUGAAUCUGAAGUUUGUGUGAAUGAAAAAGUUGCUGAAUGUUAAGACAAAGUGGAAGCUACAAAAAUACCUGAAGGACGCACAAUAUGACUUGCAAAGACAUCCGUGUGAUGCCAAGUGCCUUUUAUAUUACUGUUGCCACUGCACCGUUCAUCCCAAUGAAACCAUGUGUCUAUUUGGAGAACGGUCAUCACAGUUUUAGUGUACUUGUAUUUGUUACACCUAGCACAGCCUUCUCCAAAAGCAAGAUAGGCGAACUUUUUUCCCUCGUUCUGAAUCUUAAGGGGACAGUCAUGGAGAUCAUGUCAGUGCAAUGUGACAGCAAAGCUUCUGUCUGCUUUUGUUUCACAAAUCUCUAAACAACAGUGGAAUCAUUGCGUUGCGUGAUAUGGACUGUCCCUACAGUCACAUGAAACUCUGUUGUUGCACUGCAUCUCCUCACGUGAGUGCAUCCUACAAAGGACAUCCUGUUCCUGCGUUCCUUGGUUUCUGAGUUGUGAACCAAAGUGCAUUGUGCCAGCACUUGCAAGGCUUGUGUGCAAAGAACUAGUCACUAUUUUUGCGCCUUUAAUCGGGACACAGUCACGAGACGGGUAUGUCAUCAAGUAGACUGUAUAAAACAUAUGUAUGUGCAAAGUUGCUUCAGUUGUUCAGUUUAAAAAAAAAAUACUGUUGAAGAAAUGUUCUAGCGUAAACAAGCACAACGGAAAAGAUU